AUGGCAGACGACGAGGUUGGAGUUUCCUCGGAUGAUGGCGAUGAAGUUGAUGAAUUAAGCAAGCUCUUCCAACUAGCAACAAAUUUUGUUCGUUCAUCCACUAGCAAUUUUAAUCAAGACCAGCUACUAUACUUGUAUGCCCGAUUUAAACAGGCAAAUGAAGGACCCUGCAAUGUUUCAAAACCAGGGAUGUUUGAUUUCCAAGGGAAGAAAAAAUGGGAGGCAUGGAAAAGCUUAGGAAACAAAACCAAAGAAGAAGCAAAGAGGGAAUACGUAUCAAAAGUUAAGACAGUGGUGCCAGGGUGGAAUUUGGCAGAUAAGAAACAGCAGGGUGAUGGAUGGGUAGCUGUCAGCACAUUGUCUAAUACAGAAUCUGUGAUAAAAGAUGAGAACAAGACGGCUUUUGAUUGGUGCAAGGAUGGUGACACCAGUCAUCUUCUUCAAUACCUGAAGAAGUCUAAAACUGAUGUUAAUAGUAAAGAUGAAAAUGGAAUGACCCUUCUGCACUGGACAUGUGAUAGAGGAAAUCUGGAUAUGUUGAAUGCACUUCUUGGGCUUGAUGCUGAUCCAAAUAUACAGGACAGUGAUGGACAGAGUGCACUCCAUUAUGCUGUUAGUUGUGAGCACCAGGAAAUUGUGGAGAGACUGCUGAAGACUAAAGUAAAUCUUGAGUUACAGGACAUGGAAGGCCUUACAGUGAUGGAUAUUGACACCAACUCAGAGAUCAAGCACUUGUUAAACAAAUGUGUAACUUGAUAAUGUGUGAACAAUUUUGGGAUGCAAAGUAGAUGAUUGAUGUUUUUGGAGUUCUCGAGAUUGGAAGCAUGUAAAUUGCAUCAGUGCAAUUUAUCGAUUCUGGCAAGAUUUCCAUUUUAUAAAUGAAGUAUGAAGAGUAUGAAUGUGUUUUAUUUAUCCAUUUCCUGAGGUUCAUGGUAGUGGUAAUAAGUGUUCACUUUAUAUUGAACAACUCUUUUUAUUAAAUUAUCAGUAUUCAAGCUUCUUUGUUUCAUAUUACUUACACAGGCAAAGAUGGUGCAAUGUAGAAAUUAUACACUCUGAAGAUAAUGUUGAUUAAAUGCACCAAACAAGAUUGUUAUAUUCAGAGUUUAAGUUUCUUGUUGUUUGAGAGAUUGUUUGUAAUUUUUCUUAAAAAUUCUUCAAUUUCAAAUUACAUGUACUUGAUUUAAAUUUGGAAAUUUCUGAUUAUACUACCAACCUUAAUUGUUACCAAUGGUUUCAACCUUUUGAUUAAAAAAUAAUUUUCACAAUAUUGGAAGAUGAAUACUGUUAUACAUGUAUAAAGCACAUGCCUUUAAAACCCUGAGGUUGGUAGCAUAAUAUUUUUUUUAGGUUUGUCAGUCUGACUGUGUGCAAAGAAUGUUGAAAAAGCAUAGGAAAUAACUAUGGUAUUUAUGUGUAAAAAUGAUUUUUUUUUUUGGCUUUGUUUUUAAUGAA